CUUGUGGGCUGUCCCUGGUGGGACCUGGGGUGUGCUGUUCUCACUCAGAGACCCCACCCAGGGUCUGUCCAUUUUCACAAGGAGUCCAGCCUCGAGGCUGCUGGCAGAGUCACCGCCAGCCCCAAGGCGGGUCCUGUCGAACCAAGAACCGAACACCUACUCUACUGCCACGCGCCUGAAGCGAGCAGAGGUCGCUCCCCCGCAAGGUGAUGCAGGAAGAGGCCCGACGGCACGGCCGGGCGGACUCGGGGCCUCGGCGUGUCGUCUUGAGUUGUGGCGAAUUGCCUUGUGAUGCCCUGGACCUCUCGCUUCUGGAUCUGCCCUCUUCUCUCCACCUCUCACCGCAGCACUGAGGCUGCCGGGUCCUUACUGACCGUGGCCAGCGGUGGCUGGUCUGCGAGGGGGGCACCUCAUCAAAACUGGGUCAGUCUGCUCCUUCGCUGAGGUUUUGGACCUUGGGCCCAGAGAAAGAGCGAGUCCACCUUCCUACUGGUGAGAAGUGGGAGUAUCUGAGCUCAUUUUCCACGACUGCCUCCUCACCAGCUCUGCCCCAGCCACACGGAUCUCCCUGCUGGUUCUUGAAUGCCAAGCGCAUGUUGUUUCCUCCACCGGCCAGCUCUCCCUCCGCGUUUGUGUUAUGCUCACGCCCUCAUCGCCUUCAGGUCUCUGCUCAAAUGUCAUCUGUUCCCUGACCGCUGUAUGUGGAACUGCAGCGCCCCCCCCCCCCCCCCCCCCCCCCUCCAAUACCCAGGCUGUCCCCACCCCCCCCAGCUUCUGAUGUACUAUAACCUUGUUUACUAUCUAUAUUCCCACGGAGAGAAGGGACUUUGUCCACUGCUAUAUCCUCAGUCUCUGGAACAAUGGCCCAGGCACCAUGACCUCUGUGCUGUAUUUCUGGGAGCUUGGGCGGGGGAGGGGGGUCCUCGAUGGGGAAGCUGCUUACGACUUAGGCUCCUUCGCAGGCAGCUGGCUGCUGGGGAGGCUCUGGCUUCCGGGAAGAAAGAAGGUUGGGGAGGGGUGUGUGUGUGUGUGUGGUGUGGGAGAGCUGAAGAAACACCACCUGGAGGGUCUCCAAGGGCCCACCCAAACUAUAAGGAACAUAGCCACGGCUGGCCCUCAACCCUGUGCUUUCUGCCCUAAGAUCUCUUUGACCUUUGAAAACAUCGCUCACCCCUCCCUUCUGCAGCGAGACACCUUCGAAGGGCAGGUGCUUUUCUGGGAAGCUGAGUGGUAAGCCUGGGAGGUGAGGGGCACAGGGGUGCAGGAGGGGAGGAUGGGCCCGGGAGCUGCCAGGGCCUAUCACCCUGCUGCUGGGCUGUAGCCCCUCUCCUCUCUCCCCUCUCCCGGGUAACCUGGAGGCUGGCAGGCACUGAAUAGCAAUCCUCUGGCUGCCGACCAUACCAUUCAAACACCCGAUGGGGGAAGGUGAGGGCUGCUGCCGGGGCAGUGAAAGCCUCCCCGUGACUCCCCCAGGCCUCCACCCUGCCCGCUGAGAGGGCUCCAAGGAGACCAGCUGAAGUGAGGCCCCGGGAAGGCUUGGGGAGCAACGGGGCUCCUCUGCCUGGCUCCCCUCUCCCUCUGCCCAGCCCAGUUGCCAUCCCUACCCUUCUUGGCUGUCCCCUCCCCCAAGGCAGGGCCCAAACUCUUCCAGACAAAGCCAGGGCUAGCUGGAGAGUGAGUGAAGACAGCUCGCUCUGCCCAGCCUGGCUGACUGAGGGGCACAGGGCACGGCAGAGGCCGGGGCAGGUUGGGGUCACGGGUGGCACCCGGUGCUCCUUGGGCCUCUCUUGCACAGCUAAGAAGACCUUUCUACCCAGCCUGGGACUGCUGAGCGCUGGCUCUGAGGUCAGAGUUCGGGGAGCUGCAGGAGAAGGAGCCAUGAGCACACGGGGUCCCAGCCCCCUCGCCUUCCUCACCACCCCUGUCACUCCCGGCAGCCCCACAGAAGCAGCUGACCCCCUCCCGGCGCUACUCGCCCUGGCCUGCAUCUUCCUUCUGCUGGCCAGCUGUCUGCUCUUCAUGACCCUCUGCAAACCGGCCGCUCUGGACCCGAGCCGCAGGGCUCGGGAGUGCAUGCCCCAUCACCCCGGUAGCCCCAGCGAGCCCCAGCUCAGGCUCUGGAAGCGCCUGGGCUCUCUGCGCCGCUCCCUGCACAGCUUCCGCAGAGGCAGGCCUGCUCCCAGACGCCCCCUGCCGGGCUGCGAGGACAACCUCGACUGUGACUGCACGGAAUCUACCAAGAUGUGAUGGGGCGUCCCCACCACCCAGGACCCACCAGAGGUCCUCCUGCCGUGGACACAGCCUGGAACCAGGGACUGCAGAAGGACCUGGGCCACACGCUCAGCCACAGUGGUCCCCUGUGCGCCCAGGCCUGUGGCCUUUCCCAGAGACAGCCCCUGGAGGAAAGCCUUCCUCUCUGCCGACUCUGCAGCUGCUGCCUGCUGAAAGACUGCUGGGCCAACAGCGGGGUACCUGCAGCCAUCUGACCCUCGGCCCCGGCUCCAGAGGGUACAACCCGGGACCCCCAGCACUCUUCUCUGGCAACCAGGCACCAACCACCUCCAGGAAGCAGUGCCCCUGCUUCCCAGCAGAAGUCCUGCCCACCUUCCAGGUGCCAUAGUCCAGCAUGGAUUCCAGUUUGAGUUGCCAAAUGGCCAAAGGUUCCCUCCAGCCAAACGAAAUACUCUGUCCACACGGGGGGCAAGGAACUGUCUUGCCCUCUGUGCCAACUCAGUGCCAGAGGAAGAGGCAAGCCAGGGACUUCUCGCCUUGAAAUCUUGGGACCUACCAGCAUUCACCUAAUAAUCCCUGGGAGCAGCCAGCACCCCUGUGGGUCAGAUGCCCGUGUGCCUGCUGGGAGGAGGGCGAGCAGGAGGCUCUCAACCCUGCCUAGCCAGUCACCCUCCUGGCAGCCAUCUUGGUGGCCCCCCUUCAAGGCGCCCAUGGACCAGGAAGGGGCUGAGAAUGGGUUAAAGAGCUCCUUGUGAGGCCAAGGAGCUGUGCUGUGUCAAAGCGGUGGGAGGCAUUGCCAGAAGCCAGAGGUGAUGCCACCUGGGCUCCGAGGACACAUCACAGCGUUCCUGCCUCGCCCAGGGCAGGAGGCCUCCUCCUUUUU